CGAAGAAAUGCGAUGGCAGUUCGGACUGUCCGGAUGGAUCAGACGAGAUUAACUGCUUCAUUCAGCCCGUGGAUCCGGUCCCAAUUUUAAAGGGUUUCAGUGGUGAACAAGCCACGUACGUACCAUUCUGUUCAGUAGGUUGGAACAACGUGUGGAACAACAAAGUCUGCACACACCUCGAUAUGGACUCGUCCAUUGGUGACGUCAUCCUCAAUAAUGUCACCAGGAUGUAUAAUUGGUACUUUGUUAGAAUUGACGGCGGUGGUAGCGAAUUCGAUAUAAAAAAGUUCAACUUAUCUAGAAGUUGUGGGUCAAACCGAACAAUUCAGUUACAAUGCACCCCAAAAACAUGUGGAUUAUCAACAGUCCCAACCGUUGGAGCCUACAUUAUAGGAGGGGAUGUUGUUCAGAAGGAGGUCCAGUGGCCGUUCAUGGCUGCCCUUAUGAGGCACAACAAACAUAUUUGUGGAGGUACUCUCGUCCAUGAGAGGUUCGUUCUGACAGCUGCUCACUGCUUCGUCUUCUCAUCAACCGACGACAAACAUCGUCCUAUGUUCGACCAUCCAAAUCACUUCAGCGUUAGAUUGGGGUCCACUAAGAAUAUCGGAUCGACAAAACAUCUGCAGGUCAUCAGAGUGGAAAAGAUCCAUAUCUACCAUCUUUACAAUUUCAACGACAACAAAUACAACCUUGACAUAGCACUGGUUGAACUAGAAAAACCCGCCACUUUAAAUGAUUACAUCGCCACUGCAUGCCUGCCAAAACCUGAAGAAAAGGCUCCCCUGUGUUAUGGCUUGGGGUGGGGCUAUACCAACAUUGACGACUUCGGAAUAGAUCCCGUCAUAGAUUUAAGACAGGUCAAACUGCAAGAAUUGGAUCCAGAAGUAUGCAAGACAUUGGAUGCCAGCUACGUGAAUGAUGCGACAAAGUUAUGCGUUAGCUAUCUAACCAACUCCAUUAAGCCAUGCCACGGUGACAGCGGAGGUCCACUGAUAUGUCGUCAUCCGUCUGGUAGAUGGUUGGUUAGGGGAUUGGUCAGUUCCGGAUCGGAUGACUACGGAUCGUGUGCGUCUCCCAACGGAGUCAAACCUACCAUGUUCACUAACGUUGUCGAUUUCAUUGAUUGGAUUCAGACGAUUAUUAAAUCAGCCAAAUGAUUUAUUCUUUCGUAUUUUAUUUAUUUAUUUUGUUAUAAAACGGUGCUUUCUUAAUAUAUUGUUGAAGCUUUUUUGAUCUUGUUAUAAAAUUCAAAACGUAUUUUACAUUGCAAUUGUUAUUAUGUAUUCUUAAUAUUGGCAUUGAGAAUUUGUGUAAGCCAUACAAGUAUAUCUUUACUGUGUUGGAAUUUUGAGGAGACAUUAAAAUUUUUAAUGUCACCCUUGUGUAAUAAUUUUUUUCAAUGAUAACUCGUUGAGUGCAGUGCAAAUACUUCGAUGUCAUUUUUACUUAUUGUAAAUAUUUUGAAAAAUUGUUUAAUCUGCUUGAAAAUAAACAAAAAUAACAUCUU